AUGGGCCGCCGGGCUCGCGACCGCAGGCGUCAGCAGCAGCAGCAGCAACGGCAGCAGGACCUGGGCGGCGACGAUGGCGGCAGAAACCAAGCGGGCUGGGCCGGUGGCUACCCCGAGAUCGUCAAGGAGAACGAGCUGUUCGAGCGGUACUACCGGGAGCUGGGUAUCGUGCCUGACGGCGAAUGGGAUGCCUUCAUGGCGGCGCUGAGGGAGCCUCUGCCCGCCACCCUGCGCAUCACCGGCUACCGGAGCCACGCCAAAGAGAUUCUUCACUGCUUGAAGGAAAAGUACUUCAAAGAACUGCAGGACUUGGAGGUGGAUGGCCAAAAAGUCGAAAUGCCGCAAGCACUGAGCUGGUACCCAGAAGAGUUAGCCUGGCACACUAACUUAAGUAGAAAAAUCUUGCGCAAGUCACCACAGUUGGAGAAGUUUCAUCAGUUUCUGGUUAGCGAGACAGAAUGCGGAAACAUCAGUCGUCAGGAGGCUGUUAGUAUGAUCCCACCUCUGCUACUUAAUGUUAGCCCUCAUCAUAAGAUUCUAGAUAUGUGUGCUGCACCUGGAUCUAAGACUGCACAACUUAUUGAGAUGUUGCAUGCAGACAUGAAUGUUUCUUUUCCUAAGGGGUUUGUAAUUGCUAACGAUGUCGACAACAAGCGCUGCUAUCUGCUGGUUCAUCAGGCUAAGAGAUUAAACAGUCCAUGCAUCAUGGUGGUAAAUCAUGAUGCCUCCAGCAUUCCUAAUCUACAAAUAGAUGUUGAUGGAAGAAAAGAGGUCCUCUUCUAUGACAGGAUUUUAUGUGAUGUUCCCUGCAGUGGAGAUGGGACCAUGAGGAAAAACAUUGAUGUAUGGAAAAAAUGGACAACACAAAACAGUUUGCAGCUUCAUGGAUUGCAGUUAAGAAUUGCAACCCGUGGUGUUGAGCAGCUGGCAGAAGGCGGGAGAAUGGUAUAUUCUACGUGUUCACUGAAUCCUAUUGAAAACGAAGCUGUGAUUGCAUCUCUGCUGGAAAAGAGUCAAGGUGCCUUAGAACUUGCUGAUGUCUCUUCUGAGUUACCGGGUUUGAAGAGGAUGCCAGGAAUUACAAAAUGGAAGGUUAUGUUGAAAGAUGGACAGUGGUUGGAAGAGUGGAAAGAUGUGCCUUCAAAUAGACAAACACAAAUACGUCCCACUAUGUUUCCAGUAAAAGAUGAAGAGAAGCUCAAGGCAAUGAAUCUAGAGCGUUGUCUCAGGAUAUUGCCACAUCACCAGAACACAGGAGGUUUCUUUGUGGCUGUGUUAAUAAAAAAAUCUCCAAUGCCAUGGAAUAAGCGCCAGCCUAAGGUUCAUCGGAAAUUGCCACAAACAGGAGAUUCUGAAGCGUCAGCAGUUAAUUCAGAUAAUGGUUGUGAAUGUGUUCCUGGAGAACCAGCACUUGAUGAAAAUGAGGAGUCUAAAGAAACUCCAGAACUGCAGAACUUGGACACUGAGCAAAGCAAAAAGGAACGAGUAUGUGGACCACCACCAUCUAAAAAAAUGAAGUUGUUUGGUUUUAAAGAAGACCCUUUUGUGUUUCUCCCUGAAGACGAUCCAUUGUUCCUUCCUAUCCAGACAUUCUAUGCAUUGGACCCAUCAUUUCCCAAGAUGAAUUUGCUAACUCGAACUCAAGAAGGAAAGAAGAGACAGCUGUACAUGGUUUCUAAGGAGCUAAGGAAUGUGCUGCUGAACAAUAGUGAGAAGAUGAAGGUUAUUAACACGGGGAUAAAAGUCUGGUCUCGCAACAGUGAUGGCGAACAAUUUGGAUGCGCUUUCAGAUUAGCACAAGAGGGAAUUUAUACUCUCUACCCAUUCAUUCAUGCAAGGAUUAUAAAUGUCUGCAUAGAUGAUGUUAAAAUUCUGCUAACCCAGGAAAAUCCAUUCUUAAGUAAAUUUAGCAGUGAAACACAGAAGAAAGUCAAAGACAUGGCGAUGGGCAGUAUAGUUCUGAAGUACGACCCGGACCCUGGAAAACCUGGUGAUCUUCAGUGUCCUAUAGUGCUGUGUGGUUGGCAAGGAAAGACAUCACUCCGUGCCUUUGUGCCCAAGAAUGAGAGACUUCAUUACCUGAGGAUGAUGGGAGUUGAAGUGUUUAAAGCAAAGAGGAAAGAGGAGGAAUCAGAAAGUAAAACAGAGGAAGAAGUUCAACACAGGCUGGCACGAACAGAGGAAGGAAUGGACGUGGAAGAUAAAGAACAUGAUUUAGUCAUAAAAAUGGAAGCAGAAGUAGGUGAAGAAUCAUCCCACAGUCCCGUGGAAAGCAGUACUAUGGAAACAGAAAAUGAGGAUUUAGAUCAACCUAGUAAAAAUGGCAACAGUCAUAUAAGCCAGGAAAACAAAAACAUAGGUACAAUUAACAUUGAAAAUUAAUUUCUUUAUC